AUGCAGAACAUUACUUCUAAUAUAAUCUUUACCACUGGACUGGUAAUGGGAUUCCUCUCCCUUCACUCUAUACUGGACUUGAAGCUCUCUGCAGAGCUCUUGAUGAGGGACGCCAGGCAUAGAAGCAGGAUACGCGACUUACAGCAUGAACACCCAGGUGAGAAAAGCUCCGGAGAUAAUUCCUCUCAGACAGUUCGGGUCUUGUGUUGGAUCAUGACGGGGCCCAAAUACUUGGAAUCCCGCACCAGGCACAUCAAGAAUACGUGGGCCAAGCGCUGCGACGUAGUGUUGUACAUGAGUUCAGUCGAGACCGACUUCCCGACCGUGGGGCUGAACGUGAGUGAGGGGAGGGAAAACCUUUACUGGAAGACCAUCCGAGCAUUUCAGUACAUCUACGAGCACCACCUGGAUGACGCAGACUGGUUUAUAAAGGCCGACGAUGACACGUUUGUGGUCAUGGAGAAUCUACGCUACGUCUUGUCCAAGUAUGAUCCAGAGAAGCCUUUGUACCUGGGCAGAAGGUUUACCCCUUUUAUCAGCCAAGGCUACAUGAGUGGAGGAGCAGGUUAUGUUCUCAGUAAGGAAGCACUAAGAAGAUUUAUCAAAGGGUUUGAUACUGGAGAAUGCACCCACUUCUCCACCAUAGAGGACAUGGCUCUGGGGAAAUGUAUGGAGACGAUGAAGGUGGAACCAGCGGACUCAAGAGACGUUAAAGGGAGACAAACAUUUCAUCCUUACCCACCAGACUAUUACCUUCUGAGACAACUGCCAAGACCACGGCCUUGGUAUCUCAUUUAUGAUCACUACACCCCAGUAGAGGGUCCAGGUUGCUGCUCAGAUUUAGUGGUGUCCUUUCACUACAUACAGGCCGACCAGAUGUAUGCUUUGGAGUACCUGACCUACCAUCUGCGGGCGUAUGGAUACAAAUACAGAUUUGAUCCAGAUAAAAAAAAUGACGUUAAUACCACAACCAUGUCUAUGUAA